CAUACGCCUUCCCCAAAGGCUUAGCCAUCUUCUUCAAAGAAAUCCAGGAUUUCUUUGGCACGUCCUAUAGCGAGAUCGCGUGGGUCUCCUCGAUCAUGUUGGCCACGACGUACGGUGCAGGUCCUGUUAGCAGUGUUUUAGUAAACCGCUAUGGCAGCCGACCCGUGGUUAUACUGGGAGGCCUGCUGUGCGGUAUCGGGAUGGUCUCAGCCGCCUUCUGCACCAGCAUCCUGCAGCUCUACAUCUGCGUGGGCUUCAUUACAGGAUUCGGCCUUGCUCUCAACCUCCAGCCAUCAGUGAUAAUCAUAGGGAAGUACUUUCUGAAGAGAAGACCCAUCGCGAAUGGCCUUGCUAUGGCAGGGAGCCCCGUGAUGCUUUGCACCCUGGCUCCUCUCAACCAGGUCCUUUUUGACAAUUUUGGCUGGAGGGGCAGCUUUUUAAUUCUUGGGGCAAUUUUAUUAAACUGCUGUGUGGCAGGAGCUCUCUUCAGACCCAUCGGGGCAGCCACAGCAUCAAUCAAAACCCAGGUGACUGAGGAACGGAAGGAUGCUCUGAAAGAAGAGAUCACUAAGGAGGAUGCCAUGGAAAUGAGUAGCCCCACAAACAUCCCUAUGGUGACCAAAACGGAAGAGGAAGGAAGAAAGGACUGUUGUGAAAAACUCAAUCAGUACCUUGAUUUUUCCCUCUUUAAGCACAGAGGCUUCUUGAUUUACCUGAUCGGAAAUGUGCUCAUGUUCCUGGGGUUUUUUGCCCCCAUUGUUUUUCUGGCACCCUAUGCCAAGCACAUUGGCAUUGAUGAAUACUCAGCUGCUUUCCUCCUUUCGAUUCUUGCUAUUGUGGAUAUGAUUGCCCGACCUACCACUGGCAUCAUAGCAAACAGCAAGUGGGUGAGGCCACGGAUUCAAUACUUCUUCAGCUUCGCCAUUACUUUCAACGGUGCCUGCCACCUUCUGUGCCCACUGGCUUCUGGCUACACGGGCCUCGUCGUUUACUCCAUCUUUUUUGGCUUGGCCUUCGGCAUGGUUUGUGCCAUGCUUUUUGAAACGCUCAUGGACCUUGUGGGAGCUGCCCGGUUCACAAGCGCCGUUGGUCUGGUCACCAUUGUGGAGUGUUGCACGAUAUUGCUGGGACCACCUAUUGGAGGAACUCUUAUCGAUACCUUUGGGGACUAUAAAUAUAUGUUCAUAAAAUGUGGAGCUGUGAUGGUCCUGGCAGGAACCUUCCUGUUCAUCAUGAAUUAUUAUAAUUAUCGUAUGGUUGCCAAGGAGGAGAAGGAAAGAAAGGCAAAAGAAGAGGACCCUAAAUCUGUAAGGACAGAAAAUGAAGACAGAAAUAACUGGAACAAAGAAACCGUACGGGAUGGGCCUGAGCUGGAACCUUUGAGAGAAGAACGAGAAGGACUGAAGAAGGAAGUGAAUGGCACAAAUGAAGUUUAA